GUGCGGUGCCAUGGCGGAGCUGCGGCCGGGAGCCCUCCCGCUCCUGGUGAGCGGUGACUGGGGAGCCGCCGAGCCGCCCCGCGCCCUGAAGAAGAAGCUGCUCUGCUACUUCCAGAGCCAGAAGCGAUCGGGCGGAGGAGAGUGCGAGCUGCAGACCGACGACACCGGGCACAUCCUCAUCUGCUUUACCCAGCCCGAGGUGAGGCAGCGGGUGCUCGACCGGGGAAUCCAUGAGCUCGAGUGGGAGCACAAAGGGAGGCUGUCGCUGCUGGUCACCGAGCUGCCGGCGGGCGGACAACCCGCACAGGAGCUGGGACGGGCCGGCGGGACAGAGGCGCCAGUUAAUGAACCCCAGGUGUCUCUUCUUACCUGCCAGAAUAAGGACACUCAGCAGCAGGAGAAGAUAGAAUCACGUGUGAAAUUGGAAGCUGAAAAAGCAACCUCCAGGAAUUCUGCCAUAGUAGUAACUACUGCCCAUGGCGAGGAAAUAGAAGAUGAUAUCCUAGAAAUGUACUUUGAAAAUAAAAAGAAAUCUGGUGGAGGGCUCAUUGAGUCCUAUAUCAGAAAGGGCCUGCAAAGGAUCAUCACCUUUGAGAAUGAGGAAGAUGCCCAAGAAGUUCUGCAAAGGAGGCAUCACUCAGUGAAGAAAAUAGAUCUGCUUGUGAAGCCAUGGCAAGAGGAAACUCUCCAGAACAGAUGCCAAGUGGAAGACCCUCAAGGAUCCCUGCCUUCCAAUGUAGUUCUGCUUGAAAAUGUGCAGGAGACAGCAAAAGAGGGCAUGUUAAUUUUGCUGAUAGAGAACAUCAGUGGCUUGUCAGAUGAAGAUGGUGACUUCAGUGUGGAAAUGAUACCUGAAAACCGUGCUGCUGUAGUUACUUUUACUGGAAAUAUUGAUGCAGGAGAAUUUGCUAAAAUUUUUAAUCAAAACUACAGAGCAAAUAAGCAAAAUAUCACUGCACGGUGCCUUGAGCUAACAAAAAGCAUUAGGGCUGAAAAUAUACAACCUAACAUCUCCAGUGACUUUUUAACUGUCUACUUUGAAAAUAAGAGGAAUGGAAAUGCACAUGUGGUAGAUGUUCAGCAGCUGCCAGAUGAAGAUGCAGCUAUCGUUACAUUCAGUCACCAUAAAGAUGUAAUCAACAUCUUGGCAAAGAAGCAUUCACUCAACAACACACCAAUCUCUGUCUACCCUUACUAUGUGUCAGUGGGAGUAGCUCUAUAUGGAAAGGAAGGGCCACAAAUAAAGAAGCCAGAUCCAAUUACAGUGCCUCUGAAUCCGUAUAUCUGGCAAUACUUGCAGAGGAAUAGGAGGUUAGUUGAGGCAGUAAAUGAAGAAAUGGCAAAGUGUAAUUGUGAGGUAACCUGGCCUGAACCAAACUGUGCAGAUCCAGUAGUUACUUUACAUCCUUCGGCUUCUUUGUUUGAGCAGAAGAGAUUAGCAGGUCGAUUGAUCAAGACAUGGAAUAAAAAUGUUUCCACAGCAUUUUCACACUGCAUGUUGAAGUACAAAGCAACUGAAUGUCAAGUAAGCUCAGAAGUGUGGGAAGCCAUUAGAAACAGCUUUAAGCAUGAUGAAGUUCUGAUAAUCCCACUUAUCUCCAAGAAUUUAGUUGUUCUAGUAGGUGAAAAAGAAGUUAUGAAGAAUGCUGAACAACACCUGGUGCCUCUGAUAGAAAAGACCACCAGAGAAAUUGAAAGAGAAAAGCAAAGAAUUGAAAGAAUUGUGCUACUGGAUACAGGAGAAUAUGCAAUUUUACAGAGUACUGGUCUUGAAGAAAACGUUUGUAAGCAGUUUCCAGACCUGCAGAUGAUUUAUGAUCAUAGGCAGAAGACACUUAGCCUGUGUGGGUUGCCUGAGGAAGUUAAUAAUGUAAAAGGGGAAAUAUUAGAUAGUUUACACAAAAUGGUAAAGAAAAGACUUGAUGUCAACCCCUAUAUUUUCCAGUUUUUAGAGCAUAUUGAUAAUGAAACCAUGUGUCAGAGCCUGUUUAUGUCAAAACAAAUCAGAGCCUUUUAUGAGGUCUCUGCAGGAGCCAUCAUCUUGAAAGGAAAUGCUCCUGAAGAUCUCAUAAAAGCAGAAGAAGAAAUAAAGAAGGAACUGGAUGAUAAAAGCCUUACUGUGGAGGACCAGUCAGUCCUCCAGAAGGAGGAAUGGAAGAUGCUUACCAAGCAAUACUGCUCUGAGGGAGCCAUAACAAUCACUCAGAAAGAGAGUCAGGUCAUCAUUGCUGGUUGUUCUGAAGCAGUAGCAAAAGCCUCAGAGGAACUUUUUAACUUUAUAGAUGAAAACACCCAAGUACAAGAGGUUAUUGGAGGAAAGCCUGUGGCCGUCAUAGUGUUCUUUGAGAAAGAGAAGACUGAUGUUUGGGGUGCCAUACAGAGUAAUGGUGUGCAAGUUGACUUUAACACACAGCAGAAAUGUAGAGUUAUAUCCUUGAGUGGGCCAAAAAGAGAAGUGCUGAAGGGAGUCACCUUAGUUGAGCAAACUCUGUCUGGCCUGCAUUCUAAACGUGUGGUAAUUAAAGAGCCAGGAGUCAGGUCAUAUUUCAAAGAGCAGGAACACUUCUUUGCCACCAGAGCAAAACAAGACUUUAAGUGUCUAGUCAUGUUGGAAGAGUCAGGAGAACAAGGGGAGGAACAUCAAGAACAUAGUGAUGGAGACAAGCCCUAUAGGCGGGUGACCAUAGGUAAAACAGUAGUAGCAGUGUAUAAAGGUAACUUAUGUAAUUACCCAGUUGAUGUUGUGGUAAAUGCAGCUAAUGAAGACCUGCAACACCAUGGUGGCCUUGCUGAGGCACUGUCAAAAGCAGCUGGUCCAGAGCUGCAGGAGGAAUGCAACGAGCUGGUGAGGAAGAACGGGAGCUUGAAGCCUGGGUGCACAGUUAUCACGGGUGCUGGGAAACUCCCCUGCAAGAAUGUCAUCCAUGCUGUUGGACCCAGGUGGAGGACACAGGAAGCACAAAAGUGCAUAUCCUUAUUAAAAAGGACAGUAAAGAACUGUCUAAAGCUAGCUGACACAUACAAUCAUUGUUCCAUUGCUCUGCCUGUUAUAAGUGGAGGGUUUUUCGGCUUCCCGCUGCAGACGUGUACACAUACAAUUGUAUCCUCUGUCAAGGAGACCUUGGAAGAAUCCAUGGAAGACAGCAACUUGAAGGAGGUUCAUCUUGUGGAUAUUGUACAGGAUAACAUUAAGGCUUUGAACAAGGCACUGGAAGAAGUGUUUUCUUGUAAUUCAGUUUCCUCUGAGCAACUGCAGCCGAUCACUACAGUCCCUCAGCGUAAAAAAAGCAAAAUUUCUCAAAGUAGCAAGAACUUCCCAUUUGUAACAACUCAGGAAGGCCUUGACAUUGUGCUGAAGAAAGGAAGUAUUGAAGAUGCUACCACUGACAUUGUUGUCACCAGUGUUGGCAAAGAUCUCCAGCUUGGGGGAGGCCCACUCAGUAAAGUUUUGCUAACCAAAGCAGGGCCAAUGCUUCAGGUGGAGUUAGAAGAAGAAGGCCGAGGAAAAAUAAUUGAAGAAGGAUCUGUUUGGAAAACACGAAGUUACAAUCUAAAUUGCCAUGUAGUACUUCAUGCUGUCUUACCAUGGUUCCAGCAAAAUGGAUCUGUAAAGAUCUUUGGCAACAUCGUCACCAAAUGCCUGCAGAUUGCUGAGGAACUGUCUUUAAAGUCAAUUACUUUCCCAGCCAUUGGGACAGGGCGUUUAGAAUACCCAAAGCCUUGUGUUGCUAAACUACUGUUUGACAAAGUUUUUGACUUUAGUAGUAAAAAUGGAAUCAAUUCUCUUCAGGAAGUUCACUUUCUGUUGCAUCCAAAAGACACGGAUAAUAUUCGGGCAUUUAAUGAAGAACUUGAAAACAGAUGUGGAAAUACUGUAGGUGCUAAAGGGAAGAAGAAUAUUCAAAAGAAGUCUAGCCCAGGCACAGCAUCCUCCGACUCCUCUCCAAGGCCAUCAGAGGAUGUAUAUGAAAUGAUGUUUGGCUCCAUCCUGUUCCAGGUGGCAAAGGGUGAUAUUACCCAGGAAGACACAGAUGCCAUUGUGAACAUAACAAAUCAUAGCUUCAACCUCAAAACAGGUGUGUCUAGAGCAAUUUUGGAUGGCGCUGGAAAAACGGUUCAAAAGGAAUGUGCUCAGUUAGCUGCGCUGGCAGACAAGAGCUAUAUCAUCACCCGAGGAGGAAACCUGCCAUGCAAAAACAUAAUUCAUUUUAUUUCCCAAAAUGAUAUCAAGCUGCUAGUCUCCACAGUGCUUGAGGAGUGUGAAACACAAAAGUACACCUCUGUCACCUUCCCAGCAAUUGGAACAGGUGAAGCGGGUCGUGAUCCAGCUGUAGUGGCUGACAACAUCAUAGAUUCAGUAGCUAACUUUGCAAAGAGUACCUCUGCUCCAUCUUUGAAAGUUGUUAAGGUUGUCAUCUUUCAGCCACAUCUUGUGAGUGUGUUCCAUAAAAGCCUGCAGAAAAGAGAAAGUUAUGCCAAGUCAUUCUUAUCCAAGUUAACGGCAUUUUGGAGCUCUGAGAAACGUUCUCCAAAGGAAAAACCCAAAAUAGUUCUGGAAAAGAAAGUUGACGUCGCUGUUGUGCAUAUUUGUGGUGAAAACAAACAGAAAGUGGAAGAAGCUGAAAAGUGGUUGAAAACAGCAAUUUUACAGGAACAGUUGCAAAAAGACAUCACAGAUGAAACUAUCUCUCUUUUUGGUGAAGCAGAGAGUAAGGAACUGUGUGACCUGCAAAAGAAAUAUAAAAUUGCUCUUUAUUUGGAUGGUUGCACUAUUCAAAUUUCAGGUAUUAUGAAAGAUGUCUUGCUUACUCAUUCAGCUAUUCUAGAAAUGAUCCACAGGGUGAAAGCUGCUAAACAAGAAGAGGCCAAAGCAGAAAUUUUACAAAAUGUAAUUGAGUGGAAGUACUUUGAAAAGGAUUUCUACGUGCCUUUUGACAGUCACACAAAUAUGCGCUUGGAAGAUGCUUUCGUGAGUAAUCAGGAGUGUAUUUCAGUCAUCAUCAAUGAGAAAAAAUACACAGUGUAUGUAAAAGCCAAGUACGCUGAGGAUGAUAAAGGGGAACGCAUAAACAUUCUACGUCUUGAUAAAGCUGAAGAUCAGCUGUCAACAAUGCUCCCUGCAACGUGGGAUGAUCAGCAAAACCAGCGGCUCAGAAUAGUGGAACUGAAACCAGACUCAAGAGAUUAUAGAGAAGUGCAAGAAAGGUUUCUGAGGACCUGUCCGUCAUUUAAAAUUGAAAAGAUUGAGAGAGUCCAGAACCCAUCUUUUUGGAAGUUAUACCAAAUUACAAAGUGUGACAUGGAUAAAAAAAAUGGCAACACAAAUAAUGAGAGACUUCUGUUUCAUGGGACGAGUAAGGAAUCAUUAACCUUAAUUAACAACCAUGGAUUUAACAGGAGCUAUGCUGGAGCACACGCUGCUAAUUAUGGAAAGGGAACUUACUUUGCUGUUGAUGCUGCCUAUUCUUCCCAGGAUCUCUACUCCAAACCAGAUCAGAAUGGGAGGAAGUACAUGUACUUGGCUCGAGUCCUUGUUGGAGAAUAUUCUCAGGGGAUAAAAGGAUCAAUUACUCCAGCAGCAAAAAAUGCUAAUAAUACUCUAGAUCUGUAUGAUAGUUCAACUGAUAAUGUAAACAAGCCAACCAUGUUUAUCAUAUUUAGUGACACACAAGCUUACCCAGAAUAUCUUAUCACUUUCACUAAAUAAGCAUUUUGAUUGCAGCCAAGAUUGCAUGUCUUUCACUCUUUGAAAACAAAAUAUACAAUGCUAGCAACAAAUAUUUUCACCGAAUUAAUUACUUAAAGUUUGGUUACAUUUAAGCAACCUCUGGCAAUUUUUGACAGCAUUGAAAUAGACUGUUUGUUUACAGUCAGACUAUUUUGAUUUUGAUACUCUAUGGGAAACUACUGUUAGGUUAUGUAUCAAGACUUUAUAUUUUAUUAGCUUUUCCAUGCAGCCUUAUGGCCAUCCUAAUUGCAAUAGGUGGGGAGUGCUGGCAGGUGAGUGGAAGGGCUUUCUUUCUGCCACUAACCAAGCACUUGAUACUGUAUUUCUGAUAGAUUCUUGCACUCUGUAAAUGUCAGCUUGCAUUUUGAAUUAUGAUAUUAUUUCGGUAAAUAAAUUAAUUGUAG